GUCAUUUUCUCAAAAGUUACUAAUACAUGAUUUAUGUUCAUGGUCCAAAAAAGCUGUUCCUCAAUAUCUCCAAAUAGUGGCAGCUGGAGAUUGCUUUGAAUCAGACAACGUUCUUAGUUUCAACAAACAAAAUCUUGAAAGUGCUUACACUGAAUCUUUGUGUCACUGUUUCAUUUCUGUGAAGUGUGAGGACAGUUUCUUUUCUGAUUUGUUAAUCUUUGCUUAUGCCUACAACCUGUUUGAUUAUAUGCUCCUAAUUUUAAAACUACUUUAUCAAUUUUGUCUUUCUUUGUAUUGAAUGAGGUUGAACAUAAGUUGAUUGUCAAAGGGGUAAAGGUUAACCACUCAGAAGGGAAAAAAAAUCUGAUCUUGGAGAAUUUAUUGCCCUUAUAUGAAUUUGCUGAAACAGGGGGGGAAAAUCUGUUCUUUAUCCGUUUGGAAUGUUCAAAGAGAAUAAGGAGGCAAUUACUAUUUGCCUUACUGAAAUCGUUUAGUUUUUAUUCAAUCUUCAGAGUCCUACGGCAUAAAAUGAGAUGAAAACCUUAUGGAGAUUCAAAGAAAACGUCAUAUCAGUACGCGGAUUGGUUUUGUCUGGUCCAUUGUCACCACUUCUGCUUCAGCAUCUGCGUUGUUGCUCUGGUGCAGUAAUUCAGUGGCAGAAUGAGAGAGUACCAAUCAAAUGUAGUGAUUUGCUCGAUGAGUUCACUACUUACUGCUAUGCAAGGGAUCUUCCCAGGGCAAUGAGCGCAUUGAAUGCCUUGCAAAUUCAAAAGAUAUGGGCUGAUGCUGUCACCUACUCUGAACUCAUUAAGUGUUGUUUGGCUCGUGGCGCAGUGGAACAAGGUAAACGAGUCCACCAACAUGUGUUCUCGAAUGGUUAUGAGCCUAAAACGUUCCUUGUUAACACACUUAUGAAUAUGUACGUGAAGUUUAACAUGUUGGAUGAAGCGCAAGCUUUGUUUGAUCAAAUGUCUGACAGGAAUGUUGUCUCCUGGACUACCAUGAUAGCUGCCUACUCUAGUGCUAAGAUCAAUAACAAGGCUUUGGAGUUUUUGAUCUUAAUGAUGAGAGAUGGCGUGAGACCUAAUAUGUUUACUUUCUCCUCUGUUCUGAGGGCUUGUGAUGACCUUUCCAAUCUUAGGCAGCUCCACUGUAGCUUACUUAAAGUUGGUCUGGAGUCUGAUGUAUUUGUCCGAAGUGCUCUUAUUGAUGUUUACUCCAAAAUGGGUCAACUCAAGUGUGCAAUGUGCACCUUUAAUGAGAUGGUGACUGGCGAUCUUGUCGUCUGGAAUUCCAUUAUUGGUGGAUUUGCUCAAAACAGCGAUGGGGAUGAAGCUUUGACUCUCUUUAAAAGAAUGAAGAGAGCUGGAUUCUCAGCUGAUCAGUCGACCUUGACAAGUGCUCUUAGAGCUUGCACUAGUUUAGCACUUUUAGAAGUUGGAAGGCAAGUUCAUGUUCAUGUACUCAAGUUCAAGCGGGACCUAAUCCUUGAUAAUGCACUUUUGGACAUGUAUUGCAAGUGUGGCAAUUUGGAAGAUGCCCACCAAAUAUUUAGUCAGAUGGUAGAGAAGGACGUAAUCUCCUGGAGCACCAUGAUCAUAGGCUACGCCCAGAAUGGUUUCAGCAGAAAAGCACUAGAAUUGUUCAAGGAGAUGAAAGUUUCAGGGAUCAGACCAAACUACAUCACUGUUCUUGGAGUUUUAUUUGCUUGUAGCCAUGCAGGACUGGUAGAAGAUGGACAAUAUUACUUCCACUCAAUGAAGAAGCUCUUUGGUAUUGAUCCAGGAAGAGAACACUACGGCUGCAUGGUUGAUCUUCUUGGAAGAUCUGGAAAGCUAGAUGAAGCGGUGAAACUAAUCCAUGAAAUGGAAUGUGAACCAGAUGCAGUGACAUGGAGAACAUUGCUUGGAGCCUGCAGAGUACAUCGUAACAUGGAUUUAGCUGAGUAUGCUGCCAAACAAAUUAUAAAGCUGGAUCCAAGUGAUGCGGGAACUUACAUAUUACUAUCUAACAUAUAUGCGCGUACUCAAAAAUGGGAAGAUGUUAUGGACUUGAGAAGGUCCAUGAAGGAAAGAGGAGUGAAGAAGGAACCGGGAUGCAGCUGGAUUGAAGUAAACAAGCAAAUCCAUGCUUUUAUAAUGGGAGACAACUCACAUCCACAAAAAGAGGAAAUUAACAAAGAGCUAAAUCAGAUUAUUUGGAGAUUAAAAGAGGUGGGAUAUGUUCCAGACACAAACUUUGUCUUGCAAGAUCUUGAAGAUGAACAGAUGGAAGACUCACUUCUGUACCACAGUGAGAAAAUAGCUGUUGCCUUUGGUGUACUGAGCCUGUCUAGAGAGAAGACCAUUAGAAUCAGGAAAAAUCUCAGGAUAUGUGGAGAUUGUCAUUUAUUUGUGAAACUUUUGGCACAGAUAGAGCGUCGAAGCAUUGUCAUAAGAGAUCCAAUCCGGUACCAUCAUUUUCAGGACGGUAUUUGUUCUUGCGGAGAUUAUUGGUAGUAGGGAAUGGAGUACAGUUGAGUAUGAUAACAACCUAGCUUGCUUACUCUAAAGGUUGUCAAAAGGUGGGAUGACAAAGAUGAUAUUCUGGUACAGCACUGAUUAUAUUGGAUAAUUGCACAGCUGCGACAAUUUGCAGACGGAAAAUGCAAUCUACUUCCGACGGUUCCUUUAUCUACAAAGUAAUUAUACCACACAUAACUUUGGUUCAUUAGAUGCUUCAUUGACGUGUUACGGAGUAUUGAUCUUUUUUUAUGUUGGGAAAAUUCUUUGCUAAUAUGCAUGUGGUUGUCCUAUAGCAGUCCAUUUCUAUACUGUGUGGUUUAGUUUGUAUGAGGGUUAAGAGUUAUAGGCUUCAUUUGUCCAUAUAGGCAACUAUGUGCUCAUUUUCCACAUGUUUGUUUCUUAUGAUUUCCUUGCAGAUUUAGGGCCAUCUUGGAAAUAGCAAACUUUGAAGCUGAACUGGUUAUAUCUAUCAAGGAAAGGAUCGAUAAGAGUACAUCCUCUAUGUAACUGGCAUGUGCAUUGACCGCUAAGGUUUUCCAUUUCGGUCUCCUUAACAUUGAUAUUUGUGGCUCAAGAGUCGGUAAUUAGCUUGGUCUAGAAGGGCAGGAGAUUCACCAGAGAAUCCAGUUUUUUUCUGCUGUCUAUAUUUAGUCUAAUGCCGGGGUCACACAUGCAAUUUUCAUGGUCCCAAACCCGGAUGAUGCUGUAAUGUGGCGCAAGAAUGGUCUAACUAAGUAAGUCCCUUGAAUGAAGUUCAUCGCGAAAAGCUUGAUUGCUUGUAGCUGUUGGCCCCAGCUUGGACGACAGGUCCUGUUAUUGUUGUCCCCAGAACUUUGAUUCAGCAAUUAGAAUGAGUGCAUGAUAUGUGGAUUUGACGCAUGUAACACCUUCCAGUUCUGCACGAGGCUCAAAAGCUUUGUAUUUAAGCGAAGAAGAAGGGUAGAGGGGCGGACUCAUUAUCUACCUCGUAUGAAUCGUGCUCUGUUGGCCUUCAGAGAUUUCUAGGCUAUGAAAACACAAAAUCUUGUUAUUGCUACUCUAUUGAUGUUUAAAUCUAAUUUAGAUGGCCAUGAUUGAUCUUAUUUGGUAACCAAUUAUUGAUUGGAGAAUCUAGAAUUAUUACUUGAAAUGUGGUUUGCCAGAUUAGUACUGGAA